AUGUCUACUGCUAAAGUUGUUAUAUUAAACUAAAAAGCUAAUAGGAGACCGAACCAAGAAGAGCUAGAAAACAAGUAGAAGAAGUAUGAAUGUCCGAUAUUGCAAACUAUAUUUGAGGAUCCAGUCGAAACUAAGCAUGGAUUCUAUUUUGAAAGAUAAGCUAUUAUUGAUUGGAUUAACUAAUCUGGUACCUGUCCCUUGACCAGAGAGCAGAAAAAAGGUUUAUGA